CUCGCAUCGCGGGCCGGCAUAGAGUGUAUAAGUUGAUUCGACUCGGUGAUUACCAAUGUGCUUACGGAGCGUAUUUGUUCCAUCUAUGACAUUUGCAUAAGAAAGGGUCCAGAUAUCCAUCGGUACUGACAUCACGUCGCCCUCUCAGCUUGUAUUCUCCUAUAGCUUAUACAUAUAUCUUUAAUAUUCUGUCCCGGUCUUCUGCACAAAGUUAUUAUCUCACCUGCCUUGGCUAAGUCACAUCUCCGCCAGCUUGUGAAAGAACGUCAAAAAGAGCACGGAGAGCAUCUUGCAGUCGAUUUCGAAUCUUGCGACCAGUAUAUCCUAACAUCCAAGUCUCGAAAAUGACUUCUAAAUUAAUCCCAAAAAACCCAGAAGAGGUUAUGGUGAUCAGACAGGUCACCCCAGAGAUAACCACGCUCUCACUGCCAUUCAAGCGAUAUGGCCGCAUAAAGAUUGGUGGCAGAGGCACCCUCGUGCGCUUGCAAGAUGGAAGCGUGGCCGUCUUCUCUCCGGUCGCUCUAACGCCGGCCGUCAGGGAGACGGUAGCAUCAAUGGGAGAGGUGAAGUAUAUUGCUGCACCGGAUAUGGAGCACCACAUCUUCUUAGGGCCAUGGCAUGAGGCAUAUCCAAGUGCUAAAAUCAUAGGUCCAGACGGGCUGCGCGAGAAGCGUGAGAAACAAAACAACGAGCGCGUUCCGUUUCAUACCGAGUUCAAGGCCAGCACCAAGGCGUCGGUAAAGAUCGAUCCUGCAUUCGACGCAGAAUUCGACUACGAGUUCGUCGACGGCCAUACGAACAAGGAGCUAGUUUUCAAUCACAGGCCCACGAAGACCCUCAUCGAGGCUGAUUUGCUGUUCAACAUGCCAGCCAUUGAGCAGUAUUCCAAGUCGACGGAGAAGUACGACACCGGAUUCUUCACCAAGUUUUGGACCGCUCUGAACAACACGAAGGGAGACGCUAAGUGGCAGAAGAGGGUCAUCUGGUAUGGCACCAGCGCUGGGAACCGGUCGAGCUUCAGUCAGAGCAUGAAAAAGAUCAACGGGUGGGAUUUUGAUCGCAUAAUUCCAUGUCACGGAGACGUGAUCGAGAACAACGGCAAGCACGUAUUUCAGUCUGUCAUGGAGUGGCAUUUGUCGAAGGCUAAGGCACAAUGAGUCCAUCGUUUUGAUAGCAUGAGGAGUCGGAAAAUGAGGGCAUGUUGCGGUGGCGUUUUGGCGAGAUGUAGGCAAGAUACCUUGUGUAAAUUUCCUUCUUGUUUUGUUGCAAAACAUUCUCUGCAUUCUACUGUGAAUACGUUCAUAACAAUAUCUUCAUUCUGCGCGUCAGCGAAGAUGUCACGUAUCACCCUGCCGCCGCCUCCUUCUCUCUGUUGGCUGGUUCUGGCUGUUGGUCGAUGAAAUUAGGUACUCUAUCCGGAUCACUG